AUGACCACCAAUUGUCCUCCUGGAUUUGUUGAUGGAAAUGUAACAUCAAAUGAAUGGCAAACAGUUAUCUGUAAUGAAACAAUUGAUGCUACAACAAAUAAUACUGAAUGUACUUGUCAAUUACUGGCAGCUGCAUUACCUCCAGCUGGCUCUUUGACUGCUUCACAUAUUCCUUUCAUUAUAUUCCUCAUUUUGGCAAUUAUAUUUUUAAUUUUAACACUUUGUUGUUGUUUAUAUCUUUGUUCUCGAUUGCAUUGUUUCCGCCGUCCAGCAGCAUCAAGUCAAGAAUCUCUUUACGGUCCUCUAACAAUACCUAGAGCUAAACUUGACGAAGAUCUGGGGUCUCUAGCAAGCAGUGAAUACACUGUUCGGGAGGAAAUCGAGAGAAGGGUUACAACUGAGGUAACGAGAAUGGAAGAGCAAUUAGUUGGAGGAGAAACAGUUUAUGAAGAACAUGUUGGGGAUAGAUCUGAUGCUUUUAGACAAAGCCGUUCUGGAGAGUUUUAUUCUUCAGGAGGAGGUGGUGGGGGAGGGGGAGAAUAUUCAAGUGGUGGAGGGACAGAAAGAUUUGGUAGCCAAACAAGAGAAAGAGGGGGUGGGGGCGGUGGUUAUUAUGCUUCUGCUUCUUCUACUGGAGGAGGGGAAGGAGGUGGUGCUCAUCAACGUCGUGAAUAUUAUUCUUCUUAUGGACGUUGA